AUGUCGUACCCGCGCGCCUCUUUCUACCCUCAAGCUGGGCACUUGGCCCCUGCAGCAUCCGUCAACACGGUUCCCUCCGCCUCUUUAUCCAGCUUGGCCAGCUGCGUAUCGAGCGUAGAGUUGAGUUGCGCGACAGUAAGUCUGAUCUGAUGUCUCGCCACUUCCCUACUCUACCGUCGACGUCUACAAGCAGCUCACUGACAGGACACGCCUCCAUUUUUGCGCGAUCCCUUCGCGCCUUGCGCUUUCAGCUCGAGUCCAGCGUAUCCAUGCUCGCUGCCUCCACGGCCGAUUUCGACAGGCUGUCCAAGGUGCUGGCAUCCAAGAGACAUUUCGAUCUCGUUUCAGAAGCGGACAUUAGGAGCGCUAGGAAUCAUCUGAGCGCCGAGAUCGCUCCUCAGCUACGAGAGCUCAUACCGAUGGCCGAGCAGGCUGUGCAGAGGGAAGAGAGGAUCGUGAAAGCUUUGCGAACCAAGGUGAGCCUAUCUUCCUCGCAUGGCUGUUCGUCUUCACGCGAAUUGACCCCGCUGGUACGCUCCAUGGAAUGGCCUUAUGCAUCACAUAGCACGCGCAAGUCACAGCCAGACACGCCCAACUAGCAGCUCUUCACGCGCCCGCUCAGCUUCGCAAAGGAACGAGCGGAGUGGCAAGUCACUUGAUAGCAGAGGUGGAAGCCAAGGAGAAGCGCGUACUGGCUUUGCAGAACAAGAAGCUGGAACUGAGCAGAAAGGUGGAGCAGCUCGAGAGAGAGGUGGAGAAAGAGGUGAGCUGCUCAGAGGUUGUUGCGCAUGCUUUGGUAUGCAGGAUCGCGCCUCGUUCUUGCACUGAUGCUCAUGCUUGUACGCCGCCUACACUUACCCAGGAGCUUGAGGCCGCCCUUCACGCACCCAUGUCUGACCUUUGA